CCCAUUUGCCGCUUUAUUUUUUAUUAUAAGAUAACCACACCCCUCCGGCGUCCUCGGUUUUUUCCUGCUCAUCAACACCAUCCCUCCUCCCUCCAACCUCACGGUCACGGCCUCGCCUCGGCUCCGGAUUCGACCUCUUCCGCUCCACCGGCGCAGCAGGUCUGUUGGCCCUUCUAGAAACUGAAGCUGAACGUCAUAAUUCUCCUUUCAUACUUGAAAGUGGCGAGAAAUGGAUCGUGAUGAUGUAGCCGGAUUUGUUAGUGGAGGUUGCAAAAAAUUCUGCUGAUACUUCUAACCCAGUAGAUGACAAUAGAGUUUCGAUUUCCGGAAGUCAGGCACUACUAGAUGUUUCUUGAUUGACAGUUGACAGUUGACACUACUAGAUGUUUCUUGAUUGGAAUGGACAGGGUCUCCCGAAACCUUGGGUCUGGUGAUGAUAUUGACGCCUUGAACAAUCUUUUUCACUGGAACUCAGUUAAGCAAGCAGUUGAAUACAAAGAUACUGCCUUUGGCACAUUGGUGUAUUCCAACUUUUCUAGGGCCAAUCCAAGAGCACUGAAAAGGAAGUGGGUUGACAUGGCUGGAGUUGAAGGUCCUGGAAAUCCACUGCUCACCCUUGGUUUGGGCCGUUCAACAAGUUCCUCUGAAAAUAGCAAAGUUAGUUCACCCACAGCUUGCACAAUGUCUCCAUCUUCAGCAAAAGAGACUGAUGAGGAGUCAUCAAUGGAUCUUGGCCUGAAUUUUGACCUUCGCCUUGGCCAUGAUAUGGUACAUCAUCACAAGAAAUUUGUUGGUGCUGAGCAUGUACCAUCAGCAAGCGCACCAAAAUUGGAUCUUCAGUUGAGUUUAUCCACUGGUUCGCCUGAAUCAGCUGUGACCAAUGCAAGUACUGCAUCAUUAAAUGUUCAUGAUGGCUUAGAGACAGUUGUGCCUAAUUCGGUGACACAUAUUGUAGGAAAAAGAUCAGAACCCUCUAGUUGGUUUUUCGGGCAUUCUAUGGUGUCAUCAUCGUAUGCUUCUGAAGCAACCUACAGCAUUUCUUUGCCAAUGACCCCCCAAAAAGUUGAUGAUGCUUUGCCUUCUCCGGAUGUUACAUCAGCCAUUACGGCGAGUGUGAAAAGCCCAGCUGCCUGUACUUCCGGGGUAGCUAACCCCCAUAAACGCAACACCAAUACUAAAUGCUGUCAGUUCCCAGGAUGUGAAAAAGGAGCAAGAGGAGCCUCUGGGCAUUGUAUAGCCCAUGGUGGUGGUAGGCGAUGCAAGAAACCUGGUUGCCAGAAGGGAGCUGAGGGAAGGACAAUCUAUUGCAAAGCUCAUGGUGGAGGUAGGAGAUGCCAAUUUCUUGGUUGUACAAAGAGUGCUGAAGGUCGAACUGACCACUGCAUAGCCCAUGGUGGUGGUCGCCGCUGUAGUCAGGAAGGCUGUUUGCGUGCUGCACGUGGAAAGUCUGGCUUGUGCAUCAAGCAUGGAGGCGGCAAGAGGUGCCAGAGGGAGAACUGCAAAAAAAGUGCAGAAGGACAUUCUGGCCUUUGCAUCUCGCAUGGCGGUGGAAGGCGCUGUCAGUUCCUAGAUUGUACAAAAGGUGCCCAGGGAAGCACAAAGUUCUGCAAGGCACACGGUGGAGGAAAGCGCUGCACAUUCUGGGGUUGCUCCAAAGGAGCUGAAGGUAGCACUUCUCUCUGCAAGGGUCACGGUGGAGGUAAGCGCUGCUCCUAUCAGGGUGGUGGUGUAUGCCCAAAGAGUGUCCAUGGUGGGACUCAGUAUUGUGUUGCUCACGGUGGUGGGAAGAGAUGCUCAGUUUCAGGCUGUACCAAGAGUGCUAGAGGGAGGACGGAGUACUGUGUACGCCAUGGUGGUGGUAAGAGGUGCAAGUUUGAGGGUUGUGCGAAAAGUGCGCAGGGGAGCACUGAUUUCUGCAAGGCACAUGGAGGAGGCAAACGCUGCUCAUGGGGCCAGGAGGGCUCAAGCUUUGGUGUUGGUGGGCCGCCAUGUGAUAAGUUUGCUCGCAGCAAGAUUGGUCUUUGUGCUGGUCACAAUGCUUUAAUUGAGGACCAUUGUGUCCAUGGUGGUGGAUCAUUGGGUCCUGCAAUCGAACAGUUUACUACUGAUGCCAAACCUGAUGAGAUGAAAGUCACUGCAACGAAGGGCAAUGUGGAUAUGACAAGUGGUGACAAUGAAGCUUUCCUGGGAUGGAGCGAUCCUGGCCUGAACAAUUCUGUUCAUCCUUGUGUUCCGGUGCAGUCUAGCACAACUCCGUCUGCGGAGGGCAGGGUCCACGGCCGUGGGCUCUUAGCUUUACUCUCCGCAAGAACUCAUGUUAGUGGUGGUAGCUCUGAGAAUGGUGCCUCAACUUCUUCUGCCAUGCGCACUUGGAUGUGAGGGAGGCAAUUUUUCAUUUGGUGGCGAGGUGAGGGAAAUGAUUUCACCAAAACUGAUCUCGCGAUGCUUGAAUUUGCAUAAAUUCCGGUCCCAUGUACCGUAAAUAAGGGGUAGCCGACUUGUGUUGUGAACUUUCUUCAGUGAUUGUAAUUAGUGCUGUCCUGGUGUCUUUGUCUAGGGCGUCGUACCGUGUUGUCACAAUUGUUUCCCGUCCCCAUUCUGUAUUGUCCAGGACUGCUAUUGGCAGGAAUUUGCUUUUCUUUGGGAAGUGUUUUGUCAUAAUACCUGUCAUAAACUUUGCAAGUUUGGUUGGAAAGGAGAAAAUUCAGUUAGUCAGCAA